GGGAAAUACGUCGUUUGAGAGAUGGAAACACAGCCGGCCGAGUGGAGCCCCACGCCUCAGCGAGCUGGGCAUGCAUGACCGAGUAGUUUCCAGCUAAAGAACAGCAAGAAAGAUAGAAACGACUCCGCUAUCGAGUAUCGUCUGAGGUGGAAAAAAAUUGGAGAGAAAUCUCGGCCCUGUCCACCUCCAAGAUUCAGUUGGAUGCUAGCAGCAGUCCACGAUCGUUAGCACAGCUCAGCGUAUCGUUCGGCACGAAGCGUUCAGGCUUCGACAAGCUUCGUAAUGGCAACGGCGCUCGGCUCCAGCAAGAAGGCCGAGUGUGUCCAGGUGGUCGUCAGAUGCCGCCCGAUGAACAGCAAGGAGAAAAAGAAAGCAUACAAACGGACUGUUGAGAUGGAUGUCAAGCGGGGCACUGUGAUUGUGCAGAAUCCCAACACCCACCGUGCCGAGCCGCCAAAGUCGUUCACAUUCGACAGUAUUUAUGACUGGGAUUCCAAACAACAGGAUCUGUAUGAUGAGACGUUCAGCCCACUUGUUGAAUCAGUACUACAGGGCUACAAUGGCACGAUAUUGGCCUACGGACAGACAGGAACUGGAAAGACCUGGACAAUGGAAGGUGAUCGCACAGAUCCCACGCUCUGCGGUGUCAUUCCUAACUCGUUCAAGCACAUCUUCGAUCACAUCAACCGAUCUGAGGAUGAGCAAUACCUUGUGCGGGCCUCCUAUCUGGAAAUAUACCAGGAACAGAUCAGGGAUCUGCUUUCCAAGGACCAAGAGAACCGACUGGAACUGCGUGACAGGCCAGACACCGGUAUAUACGUGAAGGAUCUGAAGGCGUUUGUUGCAAAGAAUUCCGAUGAAAUCGAACGGGUUAUGACCGUGGGCAACAAGAACAGAUCAGUCGGGUGUACUGACAUGAACGAGCACUCAUCCCGGUCGCAUGCUAUCUUCAUCAUCACUGUGGAAUGUUGCAAGGUCGGGCCUGAUGGCGAAAACCAUAUCCACGUGGGCAAGCUGAACCUUGUGGACUUGGCAGGCAGUGAGAGACAGUCCAAGACAGGUGCAACAGGUGAACGUCUCAAGGAAGCAACGAAAAUUAAUUUAUCGCUAUCGACACUUGGAAACGUAAUCUCUGCUCUGGUCGAUAGCCGAAGUUCUUUCGUUCCGUACCGAGACUCCAAGUUGACACGUCUGCUACAAGAUUCUCUGGGUGGAAACGCCAGAACAGUGAUGGUAGCUACCAUGGGACCAGCUGACUACAACUACGAGGAGACAAUUACAACACUUCGGUACGCAAACAGGGCCAAGAACAUCAAGAACAAACCCAAGAUCAACGAAGACCCAAAGGACGCACUCCUUCGCGAGUACCAAGACGAGAUACAGAAAUUGCAGUCAGAAUUGCAAAAACGGGGCAACAAAAAAGGCAAGCGGAGAAAGAAGAAACGAAAAGGUUCGGGAGAGGGUGACCAAGACGGAGAAAGCCAGGGUGAAGAGGAGGAAGGUGAUGAAGAAGAAGACGACGACGGUGCUGAAGAAGAGGACGACCCGCGGUUAGAUGCAGCUUUAAGGCUCAAGGAGCAGCAAGCCAAGAUCGAGGCUGAGAAAACCGCCAUCCUGGAGAACAAGGAAAUAAUUGCCGAGGAGAAGGACAAGCUCAUGCACAAGCUACACAAGAGAUCGAAACAGCUCGUCAAGGAACAGGACACGGUCAAGAAGCUAUCAAAGACUAUUGACCUCUAUGUUGACUAUAUGCAGGCAAUGCAAGGGAAACUGCUGGUCGGUGGAAAGACUAUCCAUGCCCACACAGAAGACCAGGAGAGGAUCUUGGCAGAGAAGCGACGUCAGAUCGCCGAAGAAAAGAGAAAGGAAAGAGAACUGCAACAAGAGCUCGAAGCCAAGGAGGAGUCGACUGCUGAGGUGGCGGAAACCUUCAGCUCUCUCCAGCAAGAGGUCAUGGUCAAAACAAAGAAACUCAACGCUCUGUAUGGCAAGUACCAGACUGCCCUGCAGGAUAUCAGCGAUCUGGAGAGUGUGUUUGCUGAUGAGCGACUUGACCUCAUGUCCACACUGGAGGAUCUGACUCGGGAAAUUCGCCUUAAAGACUUGCUAAUGGAGAACUUUGUACCGGAAGACGUCAGGGAGAGGAUAAUGUCGCGUGCCGAGUGGGACGAGGAUGCCGACCAGUGGACGCUGGUUGAUGUCAAAGAAGAUUAUAGCGAAGUCGUGCUCCCUAGGCCGAUGGGGAAGUCGCGGGACACAUCGACGAAACGGAAACGAAGCAGUCAGCACUCCGUUAUCGCACCGGGUCACGUAAAGUAUCGGCCUGAAAACGCACUGCAAGUGGACCUGGACUUGGCAGGCAGAACUACUCGCGACUACGAGGGACCGGAAGUGGCGCCGCGAGUGCAGGCAGCUCUCACUGCCGCUCUGGACGAGGGCGCCGAGGAUCUCAUCAUAGAUGUCAGCGAGCUGACGGAAGCAGUUGCUAUGCGUGAAGCUAUCGAAUCAGGCCGGGCGGCGACUCGUGCCGGAAAGGCAGGAAAGGCUGGAAAGAAGGCGAAAUCGAAGAAGGCCGCGUCCAAAGCAGGAAGGCCCGCGACUGCUACACCCACGGCUGCCAGUCAGUUCCCGACUGCCAGAGGUCUUGUAGCGAACAGCACCCAUUACUUGUAGAAUGGGUCACCGGAAAUAUUUGAAGACUAAUCAGUUUCUUCAAAAGUCUGAACUUGCACACAGUGUAAAUUUGUUAUCUAUUUUAAAACAUUAUAUUUUCCCGUUGACCACUAGCAUUUUGUUAUCCCCUCCCCUGUAUAAAAUUGUAUUUAAAUUUGUUCAGUCUAUGCUGUGACAUCAAAAUUAAUGAUUGGUCUUACUCUUCAUACUUGAGCUUUGGCUGGUCUUUGUUCGCAAUGUCUGCAUUCUAGUCCCGGAGUGAAACCCUUUGCUUUAACCUAUGAUCUCUUCCUGCAAUAACAUAUGAAAAAUCAAUGAAGAAUAAUGGUGUACAUGUUGCAUCGCAAUUUUGGCCAGUAAACGCAACCCAUUGCGCAUUUUCCUUUUAAAAAAAUUAAUCCAGCACGGUUAUUGGA